GCGACGGUCUGGGAGGCGACGAGGGAGUGGCCGCGGUCACUGACAGGUCCAGAGCAGCCCGACCCCACCACGUAGCACCCAGGUAGGGCGCGAGAACAGUUCGGAGUGGCCAGGCGCUCCCCCAAAGGGGCGGACUGCUGGGCGCCGGCCUUCUGGCUCUCACUCGGGCAGCGGGACUCCGGCGGACCUUGCACGGGGGCGGAGAGGGAGCGCCCUGGCCGACGAGAAGACAGGGCAGCCGGGGCAGGGAGGCACAGUCUCUUGCCGCUGUCUGGAGCGCACCCAGCUCAGCAGCACCGGAGCAAUGCCUCCCCUCGCCGGGACGGAGCGAGGGAUGCACGGUCGCUGAGCGGAGAUCCGUGCCGAGGGGCCGCUCCGGGGCCCGGGCUGAGACACACGCCUUCGCCACCGCGACCAAGACCCCCAUUUCCGCGACUCUAAGAGAACUAGCGCGCCGAAACCUGCCACAAGACUCAGGACUUCCCGAGUUUAAGACGAUGGUUUCUUAAGCACAGCACCACGUCCCCCUGUCCGCCCCCUAGACCGGAGGCAGGGACCCCGCGCCUGGUUCCCGGGGCUGCGUCUCCGAGAGGAGUCCCGGCUGCCGCCUCCCGGGGCAGCCCGCUCGGCCGCAGGGACGCACCGGGGAGGCGGCCUCCGUCCAGUGCGCGGCCCCUCCUGGAGGAUGCCAUGGCACCUGAACGAGUCCCGGCCUAGCAUGGCCUGCAGGCUUCUCGACGUCGCCUCCGGCUAGGAUGGCCCCUCCGGGCCCGGCCGGUGCCCACCCCGCCACCGCCGAGCCGCUGUCCCGCAGCAUCUUCCGGAAGUUCUUGUGGAUGCUCUGCUCCCUGCUCACCUCCCUUUACGUUUUCUACUGCCUGGCCGAGCGCUGCCAGACCCUGUCCGGCCCUGUCGUGGGGCUGUCCGGCGCUGGCGAGGAGGCGGGGGCCCCAGGUCCCGGAGUCCCGGGGGGAGGCCCGAGGGAGCUGGCCGUGUGGUCCGCGGCGGCGCACGGAAAGCGCUUCUUGCAAUUGCUGCCGGGGCGGAGGCGCCGGCGGCCCACAGGGCGCGACGGCGGCGGGGAGGCCGCCUGGGAAGAGGAGACCGCCAGCCUAGCCGGGGGUCCCGGUGGCUCUGGGGCGGGGAGCAGCGUGGCCGAGGCCCCGCCGGGGACGCUGGCGCUGCUGCUGGAUGAAGGCAGCAAGCAGCUGCCUCAGGCCAUCAUCAUCGGCGUGAAGAAGGGCGGCACGCGGGCGCUGCUCGAGUUCCUGCGCGUGCACCCCGACGUGCGCGCCGUGGGCGCCGAGCCCCACUUCUUCGACCGCAGCUACGAGAAGGGCCUCGCCUGGUACCGGGACCUGAUGCCCCGAACCCUGGACGGGCAGAUCACCAUGGAGAAGACGCCCAGUUACUUUGUCACUCGGGAAGCCCCCGCGCGCAUCUCAGCCAUGUCCAAGGACACUAAGCUCAUCGUGGUGGUGCGGGACCCGGUGACCAGAGCCAUCUCGGACUACACGCAGACGCUCUCCAAGCGUCCUGACAUCCCCACCUUCGAGAGCUUGACGUUCAAAAACAGAACUGCGGGCCUCAUCGACACGUCCUGGAGCGCCAUCCAAAUCGGCAUCUAUGCGAAGCACCUGGAGCACUGGCUGCGCCAUUUCCCCAUCGGCCAGAUGCUCUUCGUGAGUGGGGAACGGCUCAUCAGUGACCCGGCCGGAGAGCUGGGCCGCGUGCAGGACUUCCUGGGCCUCAAGAGGAUCAUCACCGACAAGCACUUCUACUUCAACAAGACCAAGGGCUUCCCCUGCCUGAAGAAGGCCGAGGGCAGCAGCAAACCCCACUGCCUGGGCAAGACCAAGGGCAGGACCCACCCCGAGAUCGACCGAGAGGUGGUGCAGAGACUGCGCGACUUCUACCGGCCUUUCAACCUCAAGUUCUACCAGAUGACCGGGCAUGACUUUGGUUGGGAUGGAUAACAAUAUAAUUUAAAAAGAAAAAAUCAAAUAUAAUAUAUUUUUUUACCAUUUGGUAGAGAAAAGACAGUUUAAUAUUUGUGGUGAAAAUAUUUCUUUGAGUAGAUUUUUUUCAAUGAGUGUUAAGAGAUUGUUCUCACCUCCGCCCCAUCUUUCUGUUUAACUUACACCAAACAUUUGGAUAAACAAGAAAGGAAAACUUUACUCAUCUAAAUACUUUCCAUUUUUAAUUUUUAUUUUAUGUUUUAUAUGCAUAAUUAAAAAGUAAGAGCAUCAGUUGCCGUUAAAACUUUUAAGGUAAUUCUGGGGGUAAAUCAAUCUCUUCCUCUGUCUUAGAAGGCCCAGAUAAAGUUGGUGUCUAGCCUUCUGCAUUUUUCCUUUUAAUUUUUUUGUUGUGCCACUUUUUCUUACACUGUUUUGCAAUUAAUAAUACUGUGUGGUUGUACACCACUUCAGUUAUCAUAUUGCUUUCAAUUAAAACAUUUUUUGAUCCUUAUACUACUAUGUGCUAUAAGAACAUGGCACAUGGAGAUUAUAGUGCCCAUUUUACAGAUAAGGAAACUGUCUCAGGGAGAUUAAAUAGCUUAUUGUAGGGCCAGAUGGUGAAUCUUGGACAAAACCCCAUCUUCCAUUUAUUCCUUAUUUCAUGCCACUUUUUCUAGGAGAAUGAGAAGUAAGAUCUCUGUGCCUUUAAAGAUGGUUAGGGAGGUUGGAAAAAAUGCUCUACGUGGGACAGAGGGGGUUUCCUAUUGCUUCCUAAGUUCCAGGGCUAGCCCUCUGGCACUCUGCACACUACAGAGUGUGCUCUUGGAAACCACAUGGACCUGGGUACAAUAUCUUCUGAGAGUUAAUCUCAGCUUAAUUGUAGUAGAGAGAAAUGACUUGAUUCAUGGAUCAAGAACAAGGGAGACAGUCACACUGGCAACAGGACAAGGUGUGGUAGGAGCACAACUUACCUAUUUGUUGUUUUGCCUUGACCUAUUUCUUUUAAUUAAGAAAAACCCAUUCCUAUAACAGCUUACAAAUAUGAAUCUCAUUUUUAUUUAUCUCUUAACAAAGAAAAUCUGCUUCUCUUUGUAAUGUCUCAUUUCUAACCUUGGAUCUAGUGCUAAAAUGUAUCAAUAUACAUCUUUUACAAUGACCUUAUUUUUCAUGGGUGGAAGCCUGUCACUUUUGACACUUUAUUUUUCCCCAUUUCUUUUUCAUUCUUAUAACCUAGUAUUCAUUAAUAUUUGGAAAAUAUUCUCAGAAAUGCAGAUGGAGGUGAAAAGGUGGUUUUUCCUCUUUGUCCAUCUGUUUCUGCCCAUCCCCCAUUUAAAUAGCUCAAAUUAAUCAAUUGUUUAUUAAAAGGAUUUCUUUCUGAGUGGGCAUUAAUGAGAUUAGCAUUAAUGAGAAUUAAUUGGUUUAGAGAGGAGCACAUAUGCACAAAAUAUAUAAAAUAUGUAUAAUUAGUCUAUCAGCAAUAUUUUAUUACAGGUUUAAACCCAAGAGGAAACUGUCUCCUAGCUCAUGGAACUUUUCUAUAUCCACCAAAACUUAAAGGACCAAACACUCUAGUAUUCUAAAAUAAUAUUCUUUUUCUACUCCUAUGUUAUUAAUCAAGAGAAGCUAAAGUUGUUUUAAAUAUGCAGUACAACUGUGCAUUUGCCACAGAAGCUGCAUCAGGUGAAGUAAAUAUUUCUUGAGAAGCUUAACACAGGAUUUAAACAAAGGAAAAAUAUUUAAAUUUCUAGAUAUCCCAUUAUUGCUCCAAAUCUUUGGCUCUAUUUAUUAAUUCCCACUUUCAGGAGUUAAGUGGGAACCCAAAUCCAGGUUCCUUUUCCCAGUUCAUUUCCUUCCCUUCCAUGCCCUCAAUUUGCCAGUGCCACAGCUUGUUUUUGUUCUAGCAGCAACAAGAUAUUCAUUUUGAACUCUUGUCACCUUUUUUCUUAAUUCAUUUUGUUUAUGCUUUCGAUUCUUUUAUAAGCAUUUUCUUGACAUUAUGCAAAAGUAGUUUGCACAAGAAAACACUUGUGUUCAGCAAUCUUCAUCUCUUUUUGUGAUAAGAAACAAUAAAAAAAAAGAAUUUAGUGUAAAGAAUCUCUUCUUGCAUGCAUAUUGUUCAUUUUUUUAAAUGAAUGAUUGAACAACACUUGGGGGAAACCUUCUAACUUCUAAGAUUUCAUAGGAAUGUUAGAAGUUAUAGAUCCCCCCCAAAAAGUAUCAAGAUCUAAAAUCAGUAUACUGUUUCCUCCAGAACAGGAUUUUCUAUUUCUGCUUCUAUGUGGUAUUUACUCCUGCUGUACAUGGACUUGACCUCAGAUUUCUUUGUUCAUGUAGCUACACCAAAUAAGAAAUGUUGUUCUUGAUUUGAACAAGCUGUCCUUCCCUGUCGCUGUCUGCUCUGCAGCCAUGCCUACUGGCCUCCUUAACUCUUCUUAAGACUGAAGAAUCGUCCCCAGAGAACAACCAGAGUCUACAGCUUCAUUUUCACACUUGACAUUGGAAGUGAUUUCUACUGUGUGUAAACUCUCCACACAACUUAGCAACUUUUAAGGAAAAUUAAUUUUAUUCUAAUAACCUGGGAUUAAUAAGCUUCUAGGUAAUGGAUAUUAAUUAUUCUAGGAGUAUUAACCCUGCUCUAAUUUUCCAGUUUUCAAGGUCUUUAAAGUUACAAUAAACCUCAAUGGUAAUUUGGAUCACAUCCCCAUUUGGCAUUCUUUCUUUAACUGGGCACCAAAAACAUUGAUGUGUCUGUAAAUUCUUAACUCUUGAUCUUGCAGUUGCUAAUAGGAUAAAUUACAAACAUGUCCAUCCUACUCUGUCAGCUGAGACUUGCCAAAUUCAUUACCCAUGAAAAUACCCAAGUUCAAUGUGUAAAUAAAUAAAUGCAUCUAUAAAAUAAUAAUACCUUAUAGUCAUGUAGCAGAUUAACCUUUCGAAUACAACAUUUCGCCUUCAAACACCAGCAGCUCUCCAGUCUCGUUAGUUCUCCUUAAAGCUGAGGAAAUUAAUCCUUAAGAUAGUGAUUCUCAACAAAGGAUUAUUUUCCAUUCCAGGACCACAUCUGCAGAUAUUUGGGUUGUCCCAAGGGUGGUGGAGUAUAGGGUACUUCUAGUGGGUGAACAUCAGGGAUGCCAUUAAACAUCUUAUAAUGCAGAGUCGAGCUUCCAUAACAAAGAAUCACCCCACCCAAAAUGUCAGUGAGGCUGAGAUUCCCAGGGGCAGAGGAAGUAAACCAGUCACAGGCCUGCAUGUGUGUGUGUCUGAACCAGGUCAAAAUACCAGAUUCUAAUUAGUGCUUCACUGGUAAUUUUUUCACUCACCACUCUAGGUCUUUCUUUUGAAAAACUUUCUCUCUGUAACUCUGUAAGAGGCUCCAUUAUAAUAAAUGGACAAAUGUUUAACAGUGUGCUUUGCCAAGAGGAGCACUAAAGAGAAACAUCAAUGAACUGAAAUCUUACAACUGAGAUAUAGGAGCAGCUUGGAACAAAUGAUAGUCACAUUUCUGUGAAGUGGAAUCUUUGCCAGUUUCAGGCUGAAAAUAGCAUUCCAAUGAGACAUUUCUAAAGGUGUUUUCAAGUUCAAGUCUUGCAAUUUCAAUUUGACCUCAUGACAGUGCUGUGACAGUAUUUCUUGUCACCUUACACAACCAAGUGAUGACAAGAGAUAGAAGUAAAAGGCUCCACUUCUGUUACACAGCUAAAUUCAGAUGGAUAUGCUGUGCUAUUCAAAUGGCCCUAAGUUUCUGAGUAAUAGCAAAGAAAGGAGAAUUCUUACUAACACAUCUAGAAACCCAGGAAGUUUGUAUACAAUUCCCACAGAAUAGGGGAAGAAAAGGGUUAUGGUUCCCAAGUAUAAAAAUGUGUGGCUGAGAUUCAGGGAAAGUCUUGGUGCAGAAGUAAAAGACCCUACCUGUCCUCCUAUCAUAUCCUGCAUUUACUGAGGAAGAAUCAAACUUAAAUAACUCAAAUGUCAUGCACAUGCCCUAUUAGGUUUCCCUUCAGCAUUACUAUAGAGUGUAUGGUCCUUAAUUAUCAACAGGAAAACAGAUUUACAAUUGGAGUCUCAAUUAUAUGGGUGAAAAACAUGGAUAGGGCAAAUUUCAACAUGUUUGUCAGUCAUGGAGUUUUGCAUUGGGAGGCCUUUUCUCUUGCAAAAAGGUGAACUUGGGGAAAGUUAACAAGGCAGUGCAGCUUCAUACUCAGUAAUAAAAUAAUGAAUUUUAAUUAUGCCAGGAGGAAAUAAAACUGGAAAUAAAAAUUGCUUCUAAUAUAUUAAUCUAUUGUGGAAUAGUUAGGAUAUUCCAUUGAUAUGUUUCAGGCUAUAACCCUCAUUGUCUAGUUAAAUUUCUAAGUUUUGGUGGUGUUCUUUUAAUAGCUAUGUGCUCAAUAACCUACUCUCCUGUAGUCUGACUGUCCAAAUAAAAGGUAAUAACAAACUGGAAGCAUACUUUCUAUCCCCAAAUUCUUGGGUCAGAAACUUUAAGUGCACUCAAAGAUUGUAUAUAAGAAAUGUCAUCCUCAGUUAGCUCUGCCUGGCUGGUACACAGGCAAGCUAGAUUUCUAGCUGGGUGGUAGCCGCUGACUCCUAAGAGGGCUUUAAAGUUUCUGUCUGGUCUGCACAUUGGCAAACUAUGGUCCAUGUGGUCCAGGUCUCUCCCAAAGUCACUUUAUAGGAAAUCUAGAGUGUUUACUAUCCCUGGAAUCUUAUUUUCAUUACAACGAGGAGGGAUGUGUGCUUUUCCCUCACAUCUUCCAUCCCCAUGCUUCUUAGUGCCUUCUCUCCCUGCAUCUUGCUAUGUCCAAGGAUGCCUAGAAUUCCAGCCUUUCCGAGCCUAAUUCUCCCCUCUCUUCAAAUGCACCAUGUUCAGUGGCGUCCACUUACUACUUCAAGCUCCUGGGGGAAACCUUGCAGCCCACCUUGGACCUCUGCACUCAGCUUCAGCUGUAGGGAAAGCCACCCAACAACUUAGUUGAUGUGUAUACCCAGACAUCAGAUGAAGGUCAGAUGGGUCUUGCUUUCCCCAAUGGUAUUUACGUGAUGAAAAGAGGGCUCAAAAGAUGGGUGAAACAGCAUAUGAAAGCAGGAGCUUAUUGUUGACAUAAGAUGGAGGUGGUGUUGAAAGGAUCCUUACUAGGUUCCAGUGCCCCAACCUCUCCUCUAUCCUGAAGAACCAGGGUCAGCAACUUGACUUUUUGCUUCUGCUAGGUUGUCUCCCUCUGGUCUGGGCAGAGGCAUUUUCUCCCACCUGUUUUCUCAUAGAGCCUUAUCUAAGCUCAUAUUUCUUUAUUUCGAGCCUGCAACAGCUGGUCAACCAGAGAACAGUAGGAAGCAAGAAAAUUUUAUAGUCAUUUUACUGCAAUUUUUCAGAGAGAACAGGAGUUCUUGAUUAGCUACCAUCAACCGAUACCUUUAGAGCGAAAUCUAAUUCUUAUUUCAAAAUACUUGAUCUUACUCUUUCAAUAGCAGACCAGUUGUUCUUUGCUAUGAAAAGUCCAACUAAAUAUUUUUAUAAUAAUAACUUACAUUUAUAUAAAAUGACACAAUGCACUUUUCUACCUUACAUACAUUUGAAUAUUUUCCCUUUCUUUCUAGAUAAAAGAAGUUUUUACAGUCUGUUACAGCUCUUUCCCUGUCCCAACAAUCUCCACAUUUCCUCCCAACAGAAUUGUUUACAAGCAUCUCUUAAGCCUCUUCCUUCCAUCCUUCCUACUUCCACAUCAUUUCCCUUCUGAGUGAAUUUUUACCCUGCACUGUUUGCCUGCAUCAAAAUCCUUAGGCCAAACGGUUUAACCUUGCAGCUUUAUCUUUUUGUAUUCCUCUUUUCUUUUCGGUGUGACUCCUGUUACUUUUUUUCCCUUUUUGUAACCAUCUGGCCCCAGAAUUAUACCUUACCUUUCACUUUAAAACUCAGCCUUUAGUCCUUUUCCUCCUUUACCUUUCCUCCUUUUCCUUCCUUUUCCUCCUUUACCUUUUCUUAGAUUGUGCCCUUACAUUUUAGCAAAAGUUUUCUGUAGAGAAAAUUUCCUUCCCACUCACUAGCCUCCCAGCAUGUGGCAUUUGAAACGCUCUUGGAGAUGUAGCUUUCUUAUCCCCUUUUACCCACUAAAAUGCAAGUCCUCAGUGGCAUCGGCUUCCAACUGUAAAAUGAUUCCGUAUUGAACAUGUCUGGCGCUUCUUCAUCCAGCCGUAAAUAAUGAGCUCUUUUUCAGACUCUUUGGCCCCUGCUAUUUGAUGAGGCCAUUAAUAAAAAGUUCCCUAUCAACAAAAUGAUAAACUCUGCUAGCCUGAGCCAUAUAUAGUGAAUACAGGGAAAAAUUGGAAGCAGAUCUGUCUUUACUAGCCUUACCCUGUCUUCUAACUUAUCCUGCAAAUCUCCACAUGGUAACAAUGCCCAGAUUCCAUUUCCCUCAUCAAUCCUUCAAUGCUUGUCCCUAGGUUCUCACCACUUCUCUGCCUUUUCAUGCCCAUUCAGUCAUACAACGCCUUUAUUGUAUAACUGACUCCAGCCCCAAUUUCUCUAGCCUGAUCUUCAUCUUUGUUUAAUAUUGUCUCCGUUAUGUCCUCAUUUCUAUCACUGUCACUAUGCUGUUUUCUAGUGUCCACCCUUCCCUGACACCCUAGCAUCUUCAUAAGCAGCACUUCUUCAUUUCCUGCAUUAUUUAAAACUUUUCUGCACUUGUUGUUUGAGGCCAGGGACAGAACUACACUGAUAGAUAAUAUGAUCACAUAUUCAUUAGACUUACCACUUCAUAGUUAUAUAUACCUUAAAAGGAAACCAUGAAUUGUUCAAUCCAUCUAUUUUCUUAAUUCUACCUGCCAUUUUUAAUGACAUUUGUUUAAUUCAUCAGCUCUUUCUGUGCCUUAAUGAUGAAAACCCAUGUCUGGUGGAUAAUUCUGUGAAUAGCUCUGAUUUGACUGGGAGUAAUGAAGUCUCACAUAAAUCAUUCAGUACAACUGAAGCUCCGUUUACUCAUUCAUUAAAAAAAAACACACAGAGGGUAAACUAUGCUGUCAGACUCAUUCCAACUGAAAUGUCUGGAAAUGUUUUAUAGUUGGGGCUGUCACAAUAAUUAUGUUUUUCUGUCUCUUAAAAUAAUUAUCAUUCAAUCAAUUACUUUUCCUGUUUCCCAUAGGGCACUGAAAGCUGUAACAAAAAUUCGCUUUUGUUAAUAAGAUUGGGUGCUAGCUGGCCAUCAAGUCUUCCCUCCUCAGUAACUCUGUCACCUCUGUCAGGCUGGAGGAGUGGUGGCUGCCCCUGAAUCGUGGGUUUCUCUCUCCUUUCCUUAUGGUCCUGGCAUUAUCAACCCUCCUAGAUUCUGAGGCUGUAUCUUUCCUGGAUUCCGAACAAAUUCAGUUUAAAAAAGUGCUUAAUAACAGUUUCUAAAUUGGGGCUAUCUUACUCCAUCCAUUUUGGGCCCUUUAAUUUGUAUACUGACCCCCACCUUGAACAGUAAAAUAUAGCUAUAAAAAACUCACUCAUUCUUGUUUUAACCAUUACUAUCAUCACUGCUUCAGUCUGAUCUAAACAGACCAUGGUUAUUCCUUGGACAUGUGCUAUUUUCUGUGAACUUUUAUACUCCAGUUUCUCCCACCCUCUGUACCAUCCCCUGCCUUAAAAAGGACGUACGACCUCACUUUUUUAAUCCUAAUAUAGAGAGAAUGUAACAUUUUUAACCCUUUAGAGACAGGGACAGUGCUUAUUUCCUCUUUAUCAGUUGCACAAAUGCUGUCUGAGUCUCAGCUUUGCCAAAGAUCGUCAUCAAGUGACCAAAAAAUUCAUAUGUAUUCAUGUGCAUGACCUCUAUGGUGUCAGCAAUCCAAUCCAUUCCAUUUUGGUUUGUGAGAAUAUACUUAGUUUUCAAGGUGCCUUUUGAACUCCCUUUAAAAAAAAGGGGCUCUUUUAUAAAUUUUUGGUAAAAUACACAUAACAUAAAAUUUACCAUGUUAAUCAUUCAGCUUACAAUUCAGUGGCAUUAAGUACAUUCUCAAUGUUGUGCAAUCAUCACCACUGCCCAUUUCCAGAACUUCUUUAUCACCCUAAAUGGAAACCCUGUACCCAUCAAACAGUCACUCUGCAUCCCCUCCUUCAGCCCCAGGUAAUCUCCAUUUCACUUUCCGUCUCUAUGAAUCUGGUUCUUCUAGGUAUCUCAUAUAAGUGGGAUUAUAUAAUAGCUGUCCUUUGUGUCUACAUUUUUCACUUAUAAUUUCUUUUCAGAUCAUCUACAUUGUAUGUGUUCAAAUUUCCUUCCUUUGUAAGGCUGAAUAAUAUUUCACUCUGUGUAUGUUUUGUUUAUCCAUUCAUCUGAUAGUGGAAACUUAGGUUGCUUCUGCUUUUCGGCUAUUGUGAAUAAUGCUUCUAUGAACUUGGGAACACAAAUAUCUGCUACAGUCUCUGCUUUUAGUUGUUUUAGGUUCAUACCUCAGAGUAAAAUACCUGGAUCCUGUGGUAUUUUUGGACUUAACUUUUUGAAUAACUGCCAAACUUUUCCACAAUGGCUGCAGCAUUUUAUAUUCCAACCAGCAAAGCAUGAAGAUUCCAAUGUCCACAUGCUCUUCAACACCUAUUAAUUUUUCGGUUUCUUUCUUAAUUUUUUGAUAAUAGCCACCCCAAUAGAUGUGAAGUAAAAUGAUCCUUUUUUUCUGUUCUUAUUCUUUACCUCCAAGUUUUUAUUCCUGGCUACUCCUAUCCUUCUUCUGCUUGUAAUUCUUCUAAAAGGCUUUUUAUUUUUUAUUUUUAUUUAUUUGAAGAAAUACACAGACCUGUUGCUCAUUUCCUUGCCCUCUCUUGUCUUCCUCCUCCUCCCCAUCCCUCAGAUGAUAUCAGCUUUCCCCUUUUCUUUCCAUAACAGGAACUGACUAAUCUCCUAUCUUCUUUCACUGCUUCCUCUGCCUUCUUAAACUCCCAUGCCCUAGAAACACCCCUGACCAUGUGCCCUGAAAGCAUAAGGUGGCUUCCUGGCAUGGGUCUUGAUUCACCCAGCUAGUUCAGCCUCUCCAUGUGGUUAUCUUGAGGGUGACUGACUUGUACCUGUUUUCUUCCCAUCCUAGGAAGCGGGGAGCCAGGAUGCUGGCAAUCACAAGCUCACACCCAUGCUUUCACACAGCCUCUCCCAGAGAUUGCAUUUUAUCUCACCACCACCAGAGGGAUUGCCAGAAUCUUGUUUUGCACAUUGGAGACCCUUUUUUGAUGGUACAUAAUAGUCAGGUGACCCCUCUCACCUACUCCAGACCUUCAGUAAAUGGUCUAGGACCUACAUCUUUGACCACCAACCAUAACCACAAAGAGCAAGUUGCAAAGAGCAGACACCAUUUUCUUCACACCACACUCCUUUGUCACAUAACCUCUUCAUCCACAUAAACUUCGGGCUAGAUUGUCAACCUCACCAGACCUCUCAACACAGCCCAGGGUCUCUUUCCUCAGUCACAAUUUGUUUCUUAUCCUGAAGAGAUAAGCAGAAUUUAAUUUAUGGCUACUUACUAACAUUACCAUUAAUAAAAACAAGUCACGAUUCAUCAUUUUCACUUCAAAGUGUCAUCAAGAAUGAAAGGAUUUGCAUGAAUUCUUGUUGCUAUCCUCUUGAAAAAUAGGUAUCAGAAAAAUGCUACCAGGAGCAAAUUAAAAACAACUCCAGGCUCAGAGACUAAUCUCGUCCUCAGAUGGCCUAUAGAUGCCUAAACUUUAACUAGUCAGCUGCACCCACUGAGGCCUCGUCUACCAGGACACUUGUCUCAAAUUCUGAUAAUGAGGCUCAUCUUGCAUUUCUGUCACUAAGCUCCCAAUUUUGAAUUCUUCCCAGUCACUGUGUUUUCUGCUCCCUCUGGGACUAUGUUCUAGGCUUUCUUCCCCCACACCAUUCCAGGAGCAGGGGAUGUGUCUGAUCCAUCUCUGUGAUACCAUCCCCAAUGCCUGCUGCCAGACCCCCUUGACACACCUGACCUGUGCCCGCGGGGCUCUGCCUGGGUCACCACCUGUGUAAUGUCCUUGCUGACCCAUGAGACAACCAGGGGAAGCCUGAUUCCAAAGAACAUGAGGCUGUGGCCCCAUGUUCUUCAUACAUGCCUUCAUACAUUGUCUAAAAUAAGUCAGUUCUCUCUCUCAAUUAUUCCUUGUAGGAAUUUGAACUACAGAUUUGCAGCUUUGGUUUCUCCAGAUGUCAUUGUUAUUCCCCUGAGGGCUGGGGUUCUUCUGAGGAGCUUUUCUGAAGAGGGCUCCAGUCUACCUGGGCACACAGCAGCAGAGGUCUUUCUGUCAUCUCCUGUCUUCACCUUGAGCAGGUGGAGUAACUACAGAGGGAAUGAAACUCAAGCUUCAGAUAUUUCACUGGCUUCAGUCCCUUCCAGGGUCCUUUACCCAGUUUCAGGUUUGCAGGUUUGCAUUUUUUUCCUAAAGAAGCCCCUGAAGUUGACUGAGCUUAGGCCUCAUGAUAUCUGUAUUCACUUCUGCCUGUGUGAUUCCUGGGGAAGACAAAUUUGCCAUAUGGGCAGGAUGCAAUUUCUUCCUCUUCUUAAUUUGGUACAUCUCAAAUUCCAUCCUCUUUACUCCUCAGAUGUAUUCUCCAGUUCUACUUGCUCAUUCUUUGUUUUCCACUGUUUUUAGAGAUAGAGAGAGAAAGAAAGGGGAGGGAGGGAAAGAGAGAGAGAGAAGAAACAUUGAUGAGAGAGAGAAACAUUGAUUGAUUUUCUACUGCUCAUGAGCCUAGUGGGGAUGGAUCCCACUACCCAGGCACGUGCCCUGACCAGGAAUCAAAACUGCAGCCUUUCAGUUUGGGGGACUAUGCUCCAACCAACUGAGCCACACUGGCCAAGGCCUGCUUUCUCAUUCUUAUCUUGCACCUGGCUGAUAGCUGACUUACAAAGAGUCUUGAGUAUCUGUGUAAAUAGCCAUGACAAAGCAAGACCCUUCUCCCACCUCCAUUUGAGAGGACUGGAUGUGUUUUAAUUUUAACUAGUAAGGUCAAAUGAAACUAAUCAACACAGGCCCAAACCAUUGGUGACCAUGUGCACUAUCCAGUUACUGCAUUUGUUACUACAACUCACAAAUCACCUGGCACCCUUCUUAAGCCCUUUCAAGUUUAUUUUUUAACAUAAAUCUUCACUACUGAGAGUCAGAGUAGAUUAUCGAUUAAGAGCAAGGGUAUUCUAUUUGAAUUCUAGAUUUGCUGAUUUCGAACUGUGUAACUCUGGGAAACACACUUAAUCUCUCCAUGCCCCAGUUUUCUAACCUGUAAAAUGAGAUGAUAAUAGUAGCACUCAGAGCAUAGGGUUAUUACGAGAAUUAAAUUUUUAUGAGAAGUGCUCAUAUCAGUGCCUGGAACAUAGUAAAUAGGAUAUAAUAGGUUUCAGUUCUUAUAUUAGCUAUUGUUUAAAAACUAUAUAGACUCACUCUCUUGGUUCUAGAAAAUGACUAUAGUUUGUAUGAAUAUGUUUACACACACGUACAUUCUCAUUUUCCUAUGGACUUCCAGGCCUCUUUGUACAGAGACUAUGUAAUUUGGGAUAAUUGUAAUACAUUUUAAGAUUAUUUUAUCUUGAAAUUAGAAGAGUGCUUAAGUACACACUGAACGUUUUCGAAUGCUGAUGCUCUCUAACAGCUAAGGAGAAAUUGGAAGGUGAGAAGUGUAAUUUAAACCCGCUGAUGGAGACCGUGUGUCUUUUCAGUCAGAGGGAGACCACUCAGGUUUCCUCAUUAUAAGUCACCCAACAGAAAGCAAACAUGUGGAGUGACCCAUGGUUCUCUCCAUUGCAGGGCUGUGAGAAUUUGUGAGGUACAGCCCCUAAAAGUCUCAGGACCUAGAGUUUGGCUCUGACACUAUCUUGUGACUUUACAUAAAUGCUUAGGGGCUUUAAGAGUCUCAGUGUGCUCACCAGGGAGUAGGCCAAAUGUUCUCAAAGAUUCUUGCCAGCUCUAAGCAAAUAUAAAUGCAAGUUUCAUCAAACUGUUUGCUUGGUGAGCCAUAGUAAUGACACAUUUCAGGGGUAGCCACCUCAGGCUUUGCAGAAGUCAUGGUGGCACAGACUGAAUUUAUUUUCUUUCACAGUCCAUGUCCCUAAAGGUGGGAUAUUUCCAUGUUCUUCACUGAACACCCCUAAUAGCACCUAAGUUCAAUUACACUUUCUGAGUAAUACCUUUUUAACAACAUGGUAGAUGCUUCUGUAUUUAAAAAGUCAUUACCAUGGGCACAGGGAUUCAGUAGACUUAGUAGGCUAUGUCAUAUUCCACUCCUGCAAUCACCUGGUUUAGAAACAACUUAGAUUCGCAUUUACAUUUUCUUUGGAGGAAGGAAAAGAUGAUGAUGUGGAAGUUAAAAUAUAUUGAUUUGCUCAAACAGGCUUUAGGGGGAAAUGCUUAAUGAGAGAUGAUUCAUAUACUAGCAAGGGUGUUGCUAAAACUGGGUUAAUUGAACUGGGGUGCUCUGUUUAUCAGAAUGCUCGGGAAUCAGGGCAUCAAUACGUGCUUGCAGUUACAAAACCUCAACAUGGUGAAAGUAAUAACUAGUGGCAGUCCCAUAACGUGAAGAUAUUUACGAUGAAAUAGGGCUUCUAUGCUACAAAAUAGAACUUUACAAGGCCCCCAGCUUUACAGACUAGGACUAUUAGCAUUUUAUAUAUCUAUUGAAUUGUUUAAACAAUUUUAGCUUUCCUGCCUUUUUUUAAAAUUAGAAGUUGUAAUUUUUCAAGGGUAAGCCUGGACUUCCUAGAGAUUUUUGCAAAUAAAUAUUGAGAUUCAUAAAUAGCAAGAAAAUGAACAGUUUCCCUUGAUGGCUUGGUUCAAUUCGGCCAAUUGUACAUUUUUUUCUUUUAUUUUCUUCACCUUGUUUGGGGAAGGGAACAGAAAAAAGAUUAUUCAUGGUGGUGACUGUUGACUUCAUGCAAUUUGUUUUCCCAUGUCUGUUAAAGUAGAAAUUUUAUUUAUAUAUAUUAUAUUAAGAAGGCACUCUUUAAAGUUCCAAGUUUUUUUGGCCAUGUUUGAUAAGCAUUAAUUUUUUUAAAAAGCUAUUCAAAGCUUCUUUAAAAUAUUCUUCUAUGACUUAAGUCAUCAA